AUGGACGCGGGCGGGUAUACAGUCCAGGUGCCGCGAGCCGACCCGGCGAUGGAGCGGCACGCCCUGCUCGACUUUGGGGCCGGCUACAUCCAGCGGUCCAUCGACGAGCUGCCCAAGCAGGGCGCGGCGUGGCCGUGGCGGCUCCGCAUGAAUUACGUCGCCGACGUGCUCUCCAUCCGACACGGGGCGCUGGCCGACUCAGCGAUGGAGUUUCGCCGACCGCACGCCAAGCCCGACUGA